AUGGCUACUCAAGGGGUUGCUUCGCGACAGCGCGCUGUCACCAACAAGGGCAAAGGUGUAAUACUUCCACCAAAUCUCAAGGCAAGAGCUUUCGCCGAAGAGAUCCCCUUCGAACCUUUUGCCUGUACGGCGUCACUGCUUCUCUUUGCGCAGGGUUCAACGGUGAUAUGUUUGCACCACGACAGUUUGGCACUUGAGAGAAGGUUUCAGAAGCAUUCCAAAGAGGUCAUAUUAAUAUCGGCCGAUAAUGUUAGUGAGACCGGUGCUGGAAGAUUGGUCGUCACCUACGAUGUCGGCCAGACUGCCAUAGUUUGGGACUUGUUCACUGGCGAGCAAAUUUCAAGAUUUGUCUCUUACGAAUCCUUGAAAGUCGCCCAUUGGAUGAGGAAUGGGAAUAUAGCCUUUGGCAACACCAAGGGUGAGGUGAUUUUGUUUGAGCCAGCGACCAGCGACCAUGUUUCAGCCCGAACUAUAUUCGAUCCUAUCACCGCAAUCGCACCUUCUGCGGAUUGCAAAACCUAUGCCAUAGGGUAUAAUAAUGGUUCCAUCCUACUGGCCGCAUUGCAACCGGCAUUCACAAUCCUUCAUACGCUGACCACAUCGCGGAGUCCAUCGCCCAUUGUUUCCUUGACUUGGCAUGCUUCGUCCUCGAAGCAAAAGUCCGAUAUGCUGGCCACUCAAACUGCCGAUGGUGAUUUGAGAGUUUGGAGUGUGAGUAAACCUCCGACCACCGAGGUUCCUCGUGUCAUUCGUGCUUUGAAACGCUCAGACAACUAUGUCCUUGGCCGCAACUGGAUUUCAUGGUCCAAGAAUGGCCGCAUAGUUCAAUUCUCCGAAGGUAAAACAUGGGCGUGGGAUGUGCGGACAAAACAUGUCACCUAUGAUCCAAUUCCAACCGUGGAUGGUGUUCGUGCAAUCGCCGCCCAUGGUCCCACAGGAACCCUUUUCACCUUGGGCCCGGAUUACACUGUUCAGCAGUAUGAUGUGGAAAGGGCACAUAUGGUUGCAAAUGUUCGACAUAUACCAUUCACAAUACCACCCACACCACCGGAGGACGUGCGCCAAUUGUGGACAACAUCAGAAAGUGAGGAGGAGUUGGCAUCUCCUCUCGCAAAGGCAAGACAAGAUUUACGUGCGAAUCCCGCCGUCAAAAUGACAAACAACAACAUCCCAAGCCCGAACUCCGCAGCGAGUCCUCAACGACAUGGGGCCAGGAACGGAAUCAAUGAGGUCAUCUCUCCAGCUGGGAGAACCGACUACACUGCAACUUCCAUCGACACAGGCGUCCAGUCAUACAUGACACUCACACAGUCAUAUAACCAACCAUUUUCGAGCCAACCUUUUCCCAACCAACAGUAUGUUAAGCCGCCACAGGUCCCAACUCAAUCCCAGCAAAUACAAUCCCCAAGAUCGGCAGCUCCAAAAUCGGCAAGGAAGGCUUCUAGGCUACGACAAGAGGUCGUAAUGAGUCCGGAAGAGCAAGCCGCAGCGGCAGACCUCUUCCCUUAUACACGAGCCCGCCUUCAUGACGUUCCAUAUAAACCUCCGCGUGCAACUGACGAUGCCCACCUGACACCAGAUGACUUGCGGAGGCAAAUGCUUAGUGUUGUUUUUGGCUGGGAAGGUGAUAUCUACGACCUUAUUCGAGACGAACUUAGUCGACAUGAGAUGGACAGCUACAAUGCGAUAUAUCUCGCAAAAUGGCUGGACCAGGACUCGGAGCACCUCGCGGAACUGAUGGGAGCAACUGGAACUGAGUCAGACUUGGACUGGACUCUUUUGGCUUUGGGCACAAUCAGCAAUCAGAUGAGUGCAAAGAAGAUUACCCAAGUUUUUAUUGAGAAGAUGCUCGCAAAGGGUGAUCUCCAUGCGGCAGCCACUCUAAUGUUUGCACUGGGCGACACUUCCGAUGCUAUCGAGGUCUACGUGUCAAGAUCUCAAUACAUGGAGGCUGUUUUGCUUACUUGUGUUGUGUCACCCGACGACUGGCAACGUCAGUCAUACCUUGUGAGGAGAUGGGGAGAGCAUGUCGUUGAGAAUUCUCAACAGUCGCUUGCUAUCCGAUGCUUCUCGUGCACCGGUGUGGAGCCAUCAGAUCCAUGGACUUCUCCAAGCUCUCAAAUGGCUACGGGUAUGGUAAUAGACACUUUCCCUCCUCCUGAGCUUGAGCACAAGGUUCAGAUCCUUGAACCUACCGAGCUUCCCGCCAUCUUCCAGAAAACAUUGGAAAGGCGACGCACACUUGAUGCACCGACUCCAGUGGCUAUGCCUCGUCCUGCACCACACGUCAUACCGGCUCCCCCAACUCCUUUCAGGAAUGCAGCUGCCUCCGGAACUCGCAUCACGCCUCAGACAUCGGCACUCAAGCUAAUCACUUCUUUCGCCGAAGCUCAAUCUAAUAUCAGCUUCAAGUUCCCAGGUUUGAAAGCUGAAGAUCGAACGCCAACAGUGGGAGCAGCUGUUACUCCGAUAGCUGAAUCUGCAGUCGGAUCUGCCUUGUCACCUGGAGGGUUAGGCUCAUAUCGCUUGAACAAUAUUCGAAGCAUCAAUAGUGCUCAGCGCUGA